AUGCCUCCACGUCGUGAACCUUCUCAAGUACCUUCUCGGACUGAGAGCCCAACUCCUGACGAGGACGAGACACCCUGGUUUGACAACGUAGACGAGCUUCAGCAACAUGGUAUCAACGUGCAAGACAUACUCAAGCUCAAGGUGUCCAUUCCCGUAUUCCACGCGUCUUUUUGUGCCAUGAUUUCACGCUCCUAUCCUUAG